UCGCGCGCUCCGCCCACGGCGGCCAUCUUUACUCCGGGCAGGGCGAGCGUCCGCCGCGGCGGCGACCCGGCUUUGGGGGCCAUGUUAGGUUUGGGCGAGGGCCUCGCGUCCGUCCCCAGCUUCCGCCAGCCGGCUUCCGGCCGCGAGCCGUCGUGGGGCCGCGCUUCGAGGGCCGACGCGGCGGGCAGGCCAGGGCUCCCGGAGCGGCGCAGCUGAGGACGGCCCGGGAGGAGGGAGAGCGCCAUGGCUGGGAGGAGGGCGUGGGGUGCGGGCAGGCAGCGCCGGCUGCUGGGGCUGCUGCUGGCUGUGGCCGCCACCCACCUCCUCGCCUGCCCCUACGCCAAAGUGGAGGAGAGCUUCAACCUGCAGGCCACGCACGACCUGCUUUACCACCGGCUGGAUGUGGACAAGUACGACCAUCUCGAGUUCCCCGGAGUGGUCCCCAGGACGUUCCUCGGGCCGCUGGCCGUGGCGGUGCUCUCCAGCCCUGUGGUCUACGUGCUGUCCCUGCUGGAAGCGUCUAAGUUUUACUCUCAGCUAGUGGUCAGGGCUGUGCUUGGACUCGGGGUCAUCUUCGGACUCUGGACUUUACAAAAGGAAGUGAGGCGGCAGUUUGGAGCCACGGUGGCCACCAUGUUCUGCUGGGUGACGGCCACACAGUUCCAUCUGAUGUUCUACUGCACACGGACACUCCCCAACGUGCUGGCCCUGCCUGUGGUCCUGCUGGCCCUCACGGCCUGGCUGCAGCUGAAGUGGGCCCGUUUCAUCCGGCUCUCGGCCUUUGCCAUCCUCGUCUUCAGAGCCGAGCUGAGCCUGCUGCUGGGCCUCGCGCUGCUGCUGCUUCUCGGCACCCGGAGGCUCUCCGUGGCGAAGGCCCUGCGCUGUGCCGUGCCGGCCGGACUCCUCUGCUUGGGACUGACGGUCACCGUGGACUCCUAUUUUUGGCGCUGUCUCGUGUGGCCGGAGGGAAAGGUGCUCUGGUACAACACGGUCCUGAACAAAAGUUCCAACUGGGGAACCUCCCCGCUGCUGUGGUAUUUCUACUCGGCCCUGCCCCGCGGCCUGGGCUGCAGCCUGCUCUUCGUGCCCCUGGGCGCCGUGGACAGGCGGGCGCUGGCACUGCUGCUGCCCUCGCUGGGCUUCGUGGCGCUGUACUCACUGCUCCCGCACAAGGAGCUGCGGUUCGUCAUCUACGCCUUCCCGCUGCUCAACGUGGUGGCCGCCAGGGGCUGUGCCUGCCUGCUGAACAGCUACAGGAAGUCCUGGCUGUACAAGGUGGGCUCCGUCCUUGUGAUAGGACACCUCUUGGUGAAUGCCACAUACUCGGCCGUAGCCCUGUACGUGUCCCACUUCAACUAUCCCGGUGGCGUGGCCAUGUGGAAACUGCAUGAGUUGGUGUCUCCCAGGACAGGUGGGCGCUCGGGUCUGUGCUGGGGUUUCCCCGGGACAGGUGGGCACUCGGGGCCGUGCUUGGGGCCAGCUGCAGCUCCGGCCAGGGACGCAGCUCUCAGUUCUCACGGAGCACACGCGGUUUUCCACAGAUGUUGUCCUGCACAUCGACGUGGCUGCUGCACAGACAGGUGUGUCCCGGUUUUUGGAGGUCAACAGUGGCUGGAGGGACACGCACCGGGUCCUGGCCGGCAUCGCAGGCACCACUGGCGUGAGUCUGAACCUGACCACGCUGCCACCGCUGGACGUGAACCUGCAGACAAAGCUGGUCCUUCUGGAGCGGCUCCGUGGGCCUUCCUGAGCAGGGCCGCGUUCUUCUGAGGACAUUGGAGCUCCGUCAGCGUCCCUGCAGAGGAGACCAUACAAGAAACAACAGAACCAUGGACGUGCCCUGGACGGAGGCCUGAGGGAAGAGCCCAGCUCCUCCACGGCUGCCCAAGACCACACGCGGUCACAGCAGCAGGGACCGCAGGCCUUGCCCUGCACUUCGGCUGCUGCCCCUGGGCCUCUUGGAGCACCCGAGAAAGUGCCCCAUGGAGGGGUAUCCUGUGAGUCUUUGUGAAGGUGGACAGCGGGAACCGCAGUGCCUGCUGCCCCUCCCCUGCCUGCGCUGCAGGACGAGGCCUUUGCGGGCACAGGCACGACAUUCCCAUCCCACACAAAACUGGGCAAUUCAAGGAGGACAAGAAUAAAAAUUUAGAUGUUUCUUUAUUAGACA